AUGUCCCAAGACUCGAGUAAGAGCCUGGGAAAAGGAAGCUCUCCCCCAGGUCCUGUACUAGAUGGAGUCAUCCGGGUCUACAGCAUGAGAUUCUGUCCUUUUGCCCAGAGAACUCUGCUUGUCCUGAAGGCCAAAGGAAUCAAGCAUGAAGUUAUCAACAUCAAUCUGAAAAACAAGCCUGAAUGGUUCUUUAAGAAGAAUCCCUCUGGUCUAGUACCAGUUCUGGAAACCAGUCAGGGUCAACUAAUCUAUGAAUCUGUCAUCACUUGUGAGUACCUAGAUGAAACCUAUCCAAAGAAGUUGUUCCCAGAGGAUCCCUAUGAGAAAGCUUUUCAAAAGAUGAUUUUGGAGCUGUUCUCUAAGGUACCACCUUUGUUUAAGGAUUUGAUUGCAGGAGGGAAUGGAGAAGACUCUUCUGCCCAGAAAGCAGAGCUCCAUACAGUAUUUAGUAGCCUGGAGGAGGUUCUUACUCAUCAGAAGACAACUUUCUUUGGAGGGAACACUAUAUCCAUGAUUGAUUACCUCAUUUGGCCCUGGUUUGAACGGCUGGGUGCAUAUGGGAUAGCAGACUGUGUGGAACAUACUUUGAAACUUAAACUCUGGAUAGCAGCCAUGAAGAAGGACCCUACAGUAAAAGCCCUCCUUAGAGAAGAGAAAGCUCUUAAACAUUUCUUACAUCUCUAUUUUCAGAACAGCCUUGAAGCUUGUGAUUAUGGGUUGUGAGGGGAGAAUCAUCGGCAACAAGGCUUCUUGCUCACUGGGUUUUUCUCCAUACCUAAUAAAAUUUUUAUCUUG